AUGAAGGCCCAGGCAAGCAUGAUUUGCUGUUUAGUAUUAUUUUUGGCCACAGAAUGUUCCCAAAAUAGAUCCCAAACCCACACAAAAGAUGGACAUAAGUACCAAAGGCCUGAAGGAAAAGCAAAAGUUGGAAAGACACAAGAGAAAUGCCAAGGACCUUGCACCGCUUUCUACUGUGUCCAGUCCUGUGCCAAACACUUUCAAGGAGAAAUAAGAUUUACAUGCAAUAAAAAGAAGUGGCAAAAAUCAACUGAAACAUGUACCAGCCUUUCUGUGGAAACACUCUUUCAGGACCCUAAUGCUGUAUCACGUCUUUCACUAGCAGCAGCAUCUAUACCUCUGCCCAGCCUCAACCUUCGCACUCCAAAGCCUAUCAAUGAUGUGGCUCAAGGAAUCCAAAAGAAAUGCCCAUUUGACUAUGCCUGCAUAGUGGAUGCUGUGAAAUCAUCAGAAACCACAUCUGGAAAUAUUGCAUUUAUAGUAGAAUUAUUAAAGAAUAUUUCUAUAGACUUGUCUGACAAUGUUACUGGAGAGAAAAUGAAGAGUUAUAGUGAAGUGGCCAACCACAUCCUCGACACAGCAGCGAUUUCAAAUUGGUCUUUCAUUCCCAACAAAAACACCAGCUCAGAUCUGCUGCAGUCGGUGAAUUUGUUUGCCCGGCAGCUCCACCUUCACAAUGAAUCUGAGAACAUCGUGGAUGAACUCUUCAUUCAGACAAAAGGUAUUCACAUCAACCACAAUACCUCAGAGAAAAGUUUUAAUUUCUCCAUGAAAAUGAAAAACAUGACAGGCGGCAUCUCAGGAAUGAUAGAAAUUCCCAAGCAAGAACUGUGGAAGCUUCCGAACGCAUCCCAAGUUAUUAGCAUAGCUUUCCCCACUUUGGGAAUCAUUCUGAAAGAAACCCACUUGCAAAAUGUGAGUCUUCCUAGGCUGGUGAAUGGUCUGGUCCUAUCGGUGGUUUUACCAGAAAGCUUGAAGCAAAUCUUACUCACCUUCGAGAAAAUCAACACAUCCAGGAAUGCUAGAGCCCAAUGCGUUGGCUGGCAUUCCAGAAAAAAGAGGUGGGAUGAGAACGCAUGCGUAAAGGUGCUGGAUAUCAGGAACCAAGUGAGAUGCCGCUGUAACGCUAGCAACACGGUGAUGUCUUUUUCCAUUCUAAUGUCCCCCAAAUCUAUAACCGACAAAGUUCUGGAAUACAUCACCUGCAUCGGUCUCAGUAUCUCUAUCCUCAGCUUGAUUCUUUGCCUAAUCGUUGAAGCCAUGGUGUGGUCCCGGGUGGUUGUGACGGAGAUUUCAUACAUGCGCCACGUGUGCAUUGUGAACAUAGCUGUGUCGCUCCUGAUCGCUAACGUGUGUUUCAUCAUAGCCUCUAACUUGAACAGCAAGGCCCAGGACUACAACUUGUGUGUUACAGUGACAUUUUUCAGUCAUUUUUUCUACCUCUCUCUGUUUUUUUGGAUGCUCUUCAAAGCACUGCUCAUUAUCUAUGGAAUAUUGGUCAUUUUUCGAAGGAUGAUGAAGCCCCGCAUGAUGGCUAUUGGCUUUGCCAUUGGCUAUGGGUGUCCGUUGGUCAUUGCUGUCACCACAGUUGCCAUUACAGAGCCGGGCAAAGGCUAUGUGAGACCUGAGGCCUGUUGGCUUAACUGGGACAAUUCCAAAGCCCUGUUAGCAUUUGUCAUUCCGGCCUUGGGCAUUGUGGCUGUGAAUCUCCUUGUAGUUUUGGUUGUUGCUGUCAACACUCAGAGGCCCUCUAUUGGCAGUUCCAAGUCUCAGGAUGUGGCCAUAAUUAUGAGGAUUAGCAAAAAUGUGGCCAUUCUCACCCCAUUGCUGGGACUAACGUGGGGUUUUGGAAUCGUCACUCUGAUCGAAGGUAUUCCGGCAAUAUUCCACAUAAUCUUUGCCUUACUCAAUGCUUUCCAGGGGUUCUUCAUCUUGCUGUUUGGAACCAUUAUGGAUCACAAGAUAAGAGAUGCUUUGAAGAUGAGCAUGACUUCACUGAAGGGGAAAUCAAGGACAGCCGAGAAUCCAUCAUUAAGCCCAACCAAUGGACCUAAAUUAAUGAAUCGUUGA